CUUCCGACCCACAUCCCCCGCCCUUUAUUUCUUCCCUUUUCUUACCUCAUUUUUCAUCUCUUUCUCUUUACACUUUUUCACUAUCAAUGGAGGGUCGCCAUUCUCAUCCAUCUACUCCAAUCCCAGAAGAUUUUGUUCAGAAGCGUGGCAAGAAACGGGGAAGCUAUAACUGUGGUAGAUGUGGCCUUCCCAAAAAAGGACAUGUUUGUGAUUUGACGAAGGAGUUCAGUGAAGUUCCUACUCCAACAUCUAGUGAUGCUAAGUCAUUUGUUUUGCCUUCUCAGCUUUCUGUUAUUCGUUCUAACCCUACCCCACCUUUACCUCCGCCACGUCAGCCGGUUGUGCAGCUCCGGCGGGCGCUUUCGUUUGAUGAUAUUGGUGUUACUGAUGAAUCGCCUGGAUCUGAUGAUGAGGGGGAGGGUGAUGGGGAGGGGGAGUUUUUGGAUUUUGAGAGUGAGUUGGAUUUAGGUGGAUCUGGGAAGUUGCCGGCGAGUUGUUUGUGGGAAGUGUUUAAGAGACUGCCACCGUCGUCGUUGCUUUCUUCGGCGAAGGUGUGUAAGGGUUGGAGGGAUGUUUCUAGGAGGAUUUGGAAGUCGGCGGAGGAGCUUAGACUUGAGGUUCCUCUGAAAGCUCAGAUUGGACUUGUUGGAUCGGUGUUGCAGAAGUGUCCUGGACUUGUUAAGCUUUCUCUUAGAAUGAAAAGUGAUGUAGAUGCCACAAUGCUGGCCUGCAUUGCAUUUUCCUGCCCUAAUCUGGAUUCACUGGAGAUCCUCACUUCCGAUACCUCAGUCAAUCGGAUCACUGGGGAUGACUUAGGUCGUUUUGUAGCUGAUAAAAGGUGUCUUACCAAUCUUAAGAUGGAAGGAUGCUCAAAUCUUGGAGGCUUUACUCUUUCUUCAACCAGCCUUUCCACUCUUUGCCUUUCGGAACUCUUUUGUCACUCUAAGAUGGUCUUCAACUGCCCCAAUUUGAAGGAAAUCUCCCUGAUUUUUUCUCGCCAAGAGAAUGAAAACACUGAUCUUACAGCUAUGGUGAAUGGUCUUGGAAGGAGCUGUCCAAGACUACAGAACAUUCAUGUUGCCUCAGUUCGGCUGACACAUGCUGUUGUGCUUGCUCUAACAGCAGCAAAUUUAAGGGGAUUAAGAAUGCUUUCACUUGUACUAGGAUCAGAAAUUACUGAUGCAUCUGUUGCUGCUAUUGUUUCGAGCUACUCAAGGCUUGAGUUACUUGAUUUGAGUGGGUCUAGUAUUAGUGACAGUGGCAUUGGGAUGAUAUGCAAUGUAUUUCCGGAGACAUUGUUGAAACUUCUCCUUGCUCUCUGUCCAAACAUCACGUCAAGUGGCAUACAAUUUGCUGCAGCUCAGUUGCCUAACCUAGAGCUAAUGGAUUGUGGAAUGAGCAUAUGCGAUCCAGAUCUAGACAGUCCAGCAGCACAGGAAAAUGAUAAUGUUGAUAUACAAAGAACACCAAGUAGUAAAUUACACCUUAUUUAUCAGAAACUGAUUAUUAAGCACAGCCACUUGAAGAAACUCAGCUUAUGGGGUUGCUCUGGCUUAGAUGCAUUAUAUCUUAAUUGUCCAGAGCUUAAUGAUUUGAACCUGAACUCUUGUAUGAAUUUGAAUCCAGGAAGAUUGCUACUCCAGUGCCCCAAUCUGGAAAGUGUACAUGCAUCAGGUUGUCAAGACACAUUGGUUGAAGCUCUUCAGAAUCAGGUUUGUGGUGAUUUUAUGGCUGAAGACAAUCAUUUUCCUUGUAAACGUCUUCCUGAUGGCUCAAAAAGGAUCAGAGUUCCUCAUUCAUACAGUCCCCAGCCAUUUGAUGAUGGAAAGAGAAAGAGAAGGCUUUCAAAGCAACGUUGUGCAGUGCUUGUUUAUUAGUCAGAAACUCAUCUUGUAAAAGCUUUGUUGUUAAUCUAGGCCAUCUUAUUUGUCUAAUUCUUUGUAUUUAUAGUGAUCUGAGGUAAAGGCCUAAUCAUGUAAUCUUCAUUUAUAGAACUAAACUCAAUGUUAUCAAUACAGGGAUUAUAUUCCCUAUAUCAAUAAAAAGUGCUUGGCACUGUGAACUUUGUGAUAUU